GAUAUUGAACACUCAUCAAUACAAUUAUCGCCUGCCUAACCAUACCCCAUCUCCCUCACUACCUUCACCAUCAUGACAUCUUUAGCAGCAACUAUCCCUGCCAUUAAUGGCAAUCCAAUUCUCCCUUAUCUUCCAAGAUCAAACACUAACCGCCCAUUAUUGUCUCACAGGCCCAUGACAGUAGCAGUCACAGCAACUUCCAAUGGCACUACUUACAACAAGUCUUACUGGACCUCUGUAAAUGAUGAGAUUGAUGCUCAUUUGAAGCAGGCCAUUCCCAUUAGGCCACCACUCUCAGUGUUUGAGCCCAUGCACCAUUUGACCUUUGCUGCUCCCCGGACCACUGCUCCAGCCUUGUGCAUAGCGGCUUGUGAGCUCGUUGGUGGCAACCGGGAUCAAGCCAUGGCUGCGGCAUCUGCUCUCCGCCUCAUGCAUGCUGCUGCACUCACUCACGAGCACAUCCUAUCGACAGGCAACAGGGCCAGGAUUGGUCACUCUUUCGGGUCCAACAUUGAGCUUCUAACAGGAGAUGGGAUGGUACCAUUUGGGCUUGAGCUGUUGGCUAAGUCUGAUGAUCUCACGCAGAACAAUUCGGAGCGGAUUUUGAGGGUGAUCAUUGAGAUAACGCAAGCCAUGGGUUCACAAGGGAUGGCACUUGGACAAUAUAACCAAUUUCAACAUGGUCAAUCAGACUACAUUGAUCAUGUUUGCAAGAAAAAAGAAGGCGAGUUACAUUCCUGUGCUGGCGCAGUUGGAGCAAUAUUAGGAGGGGGAACCGAGGAGGAGAUAGAGAAGCUAAGAAGGUAUGGUCUUUAUGUGGGCUUGAUGCAAGGAGUGCUGUCUAAUUGGGUUGAAAGAAAAGAGGAGGUGUCAAUGGAAAAGGUAUUGAAUGAGCUAGAAAACUUGGCACUUAAAGAAUUGGAAGGUUUCGACAGAGGAAAAGUUCAGGCAAUAUCUAGCCUUGUUCAGGCAAUAUCUAGCCUUGUAGGGACCACUUCCGGCAAUGUUUGAGCGCAGGGAUAUGACUUUUAGUCAGGAAUAGUGAUGCGAAGGGGGGAGUGCCGGGGGUAAAAAAUAAGAUGGUGAUGUUUGUACUAUAUUGUAUUGAUUAUUUGUUUAAUAAAAUAUUUAAAUAUUUGUACCA